GUAGAUGGCUGCGCGUCAUCCAAAGAGGACAGCAUUGGCGUAAAAGACCGGCGACGCGCGUUUUCUUUAGUUGUUGCUGCUGUUUGUAGUUUUUUAAUUCAUAUUAUUGGAGUUUUACGAGUAGCUAAAGGAGCCUGUGUGGCUGUGGAUGGACACGCGAACACUCAGACGCAGAUAAAGUGAGUUCACCGCCUGACGCGCAGUGAGCUGCUGCUGCACAACUUUUCCUGGUUUGUUGGUCAGUCAUGUUCCACAACAGCUCCCAGAGGAAAUACUGGAUUUUCCGAAGUGAAGAUGAACUCGAGCUGAUGAGACGCAAAGCCAAUCAGAAGUUCCGCAACAAGAUCCUCGAAACUGGGAAGCCCGGUGUGAGUGACUCCUCGUUCCUGCAGCGUCAUGAGGAGGACGUCUUAUUCAGACACUACGAGAGGAGGAUGCUGGACUUCUGCAACGCGUUCAAACCCGCGAUGCCAAAGUCUGUUGUGGGUACAGCCAUCAUGUACUUCAGAAGAUUCUACCUGAACAACUCCAUCAUGGAGUACCACCCCAGGAUCAUCAUGCUGACAUGUUCAUACCUGGCCUGUAAAGUGGACGAGUUCAACGUGUCCUGCACUCAGUUUGUGGGCAACCUUCUGCAGGAGAGCCCAGCAGGGCAGGAGAGGGUUCUGGAGCAGAUCCUGGAGUAUGAGCUGCUGCUCAUCCAACAACUUAACUUUCACCUGGUGGUCCACAAUCCCUACAGACCCAUGGAAGGUCUGCUCAUCGACCUCAAGACGAGAUACCCUACGCUGGAGAACCCAGAGUCGCUGAGGAAGAACACCGAUGACUUUCUGACACAGGCAGCUUUGACCGAUGCAGGACUGCUGUUUCCUCCCUCUCAGAUCGCUCUGACGGCCAUUCUGACCAGUUCGUCAAGAGCAGGUCUCAACAUGGAGAGCUACCUGACUGAAUGUUUGGGGCUGAAAGGCGACAAAGAGACUCUCUCGAAGAUGUACGACUCAAUGAGACGGAUGAAUACCCUCCUUAAGAAAUAUGAACUUCCCAAAGCAGAUGAGGUGAACGCGUACAAACCCAAGCUGGAGAGGAUCCAUGCUGAAUUCACUUCAAGCAACAAACGGAAGAGGGGAUAUGAUGAAGACGCUCCCGUAGCAAAAGAACCUCGUGUGACAGAAGAGGAGUGGACUGAUGAAGACCUGGUAUGAGUUUCCCCUCAGAGUGAUUUUGGAUUCUAACAGUUGAAUUAUACUAAUUGAUUCCAAGGAUAGACGACCAAGCCUUUAUCGACAACAGUGUCAGACAGUUUGUAUAAAUGUACAUGUUAUAUUUACUUUUCUACAAGAUAAUGUGUAAAUCAAUGUUCCGAUUAAAAACUUGAACGUUCACACAGAACCGAGCCACAUGACCCUGUGUGCGUGUCUCUACACCUUUUGUCAGGGGACAAUAAACGACUCCAUAAUCUACUUUACAAAAACUGUUUAAUAAGUGCAUGCAUGUCUGAUACAGUCUGUACUAUUCAAAAAAUUUUUACUGCUGUAAACACUUUCAUUUUUACUUGGUUUCUCUGAUUAUGUGUCUUGUCUGGCAUUGAGAAGUUUAAAAAAAA